GACGGAUGUGAAGAGUGAGCGACUGGAGAGACCUGGUCCUCUUCUUCUUCUACUACUUUUUGUUAUUACACAAGAGAAAAGGAUAAAGAUAGACAGAGAGAGUGUGUGUGUGCGUGUGUGUGUGUGUGUGUGUGUGCAGGAGCGAGAGAGAGAGAGAGAGAGAGAGAGAGAGAGAGAGAGAAGUCGCACAGGUUUUUUGGAGCUACGCUUUCAUGCCGUCAGUCUUGCGGACUCUGAGAUGGACGUCAGAUUUUAUCCAGCUCCCCCUUCAAGCGUGGGUUCAUGUACGUUACCGACUGAUUCCGGUUUGGACUAUUACCACUCCAACAAGAGCAGAUACGGGGCUACAGAACGAGGUGUGAGGCUCUACAGUUCCCUGCCCAUGCGCCCAAACCCUGACGGCAAGAGACUGCCCUCUACUGGGUUUGAUGGUGACAACAUGUACAUGAAUGAAAACAACCAUGAGUUCCUCCCGCCAAACCAGAGCUACACAGGUCAGACUGGUGGCGGCGGGGGAGGAGGCGGAGGUGGCGGCACCGCCAGUGGAAACGGAGCUGGGGAUGAAGACUACGAGAUCCCUCCCAUCACUCCACCUAACCACCCCGAGCCUCCUCUUCUUCACCUGAUGGAGCACGACUCCACAGGCUACCUCUGCCAUUCGCUGCCACACAAUGGGCUCAUCAACCCGUAUUCCUACCCAGAGCUGCCCACACUCAUGAUGUCUAACAUGCUGGCACAGGACAGCCACCUCGUUUCCAGCCAAAUGCCCUCGAUGCAGGAGAUGGCUAUGCACCACCACCAACAGCAACACCAUCACCAGCACCCAGACGGCGCUCAUUAUGAUCCCGCCCGUAACCACCCCCUGAUAAACAGCUCACCUCCGAUACUGCCCAACCCCAUGAGUGCACUGUCCCAGCUAAAUUCUCAGGUCAGCCGGAGUGCACUGCCUCAUGGGUCCCCCUCACCUCCCGGAAGUAAAUCGGCCACACCCUCCCCCUCAAGCUCCAAUCAGGAAGAGGAGACUGAUCCUCAUUCGAAGAUCACAGGGGAGAAGCGGCCGUCUUCAGAGAUGAUGAAGCCCAAGCCCAAACCCCAAAAAAAGAAGAAGAAGAAGGAUCCCAAUGAGCCUACAAAGCCUGUGUCAGCCUACGCCUUGUUCUUCAGAGACACUCAGGCAGCCAUUAAGGGACAGAACCCCAAUGCCACCUUUGGUGACGUAUCCAAGAUAGUGGCCUCCAUGUGGGACGGACUGGGAGAGGAGCAGAAACAGAGCUACAAGAGGAAAACAGAGGCUGCAAAGAAGGAGUACCUGAAAGCCCUGGCCGCCUACAGAGCCAGCCUGGUUUCCAAGACAUAUAAUGACCCAGUGGAGACAAAAAACGCCCAAACAAGCCAGGCCUCUCCACAUAUGAUGCCAGCCAACCCGCCCCUGUACAGUGUGCCACCUCCUCCCCAGCCGUCGUCGCCCUACCUGGGGCCCGGGGCCUUCCCUCUCACCGACCUGCAGAGCUACGCAGGACACGCCCCUCGCCACACCUUGUCGCAGACGCUGAGCCAAUCGCAGAUGCUGCCCAGCAUUAGUGCCUCUCCCCCUUCCUCCUUCCAGAUCAGCCCACCCCUUCACCCCCACCAGCAGCUCUCCCUGCACCAGAGCUCGCUCCUCAACCAGCCUAUCCGCAUGCAGCAGGUCCAGUCCCAGCCAAUCAUCCCUCACCAGAUGGGGCUACAGGCCUCUCUUCACUCCCCACCUCCUGGGCAACAGGGUUUUCCCCACCUCCAGUCAGAGUAUCAGAAGAGCAUUGGGGGUCCCCAGUCUCCAGGAGCCCCUGGCCCUGGUCCAGGCCCUGGAGUGGCUCAGAGCCAUGACUGGGACAGUGAAUACUGCAAUCGGGAGUGUGGCAACCACUGCAGUGGCAGCAUGAUAGGCAGGGACAAGCAACUCUACCUCACCUGAAAUUGAAGAUCAUACUCUGUCGACAAAUACGACACCGAGGAGUCUACUCUCACCCAACCCCCCAACAUACCCCCCCCCCACACACCCCUCUCCCACCAACCCUCUUCUGAUGCACACACAUACAUACA